UUGAGUCGAAGCCCUCUUUUGCUACUGAAGUGGCUUAUGGAGAGGAAGGCUGGGGAUAGGCGUAGGUUGGGCAUUGUGUGCUUCAUGCGGACCUAGAGGACCAAGGCUGAGCUCUCUGCUGCUCAGUCCGGAAUGUCAGUGAGACUUUAAGCAUCAUGUGCAGUCAGAGGUCCAGGAUCCCUGUCUUCAGUGUCCAAGUACCCAAAGUGAUCAAUGUGGCUGAAGAACUUCAGCCAUUGCCUCCUUCAAGAACAAAUCUCAACAGAACUGCCAACAUAGAGCCCCACAGAGAUCAUGCUUUUGUGUUCAGGGCAAAGGCUCCAGAACAUAUUGCCUUCAAAGGGGCAACUCAAGGGGUCACGAAGGUAGAGCCUCCACCCCCUAAGAGAGCAGCUGUACAACAUCCAGUGAGCAGAUACAGGCGGGAAGCAGAGCUCAGGAACAAAAUCAAGCUCUUGGAGGGUGCCAGAAGCGAAAUGAUGGUGAAGUUGGAGAGAACACAGGCCACUGUAAAUGAGCUGAAGGAGCAGUGUGAGAAUCUACAAAGGGAAAACCAGGAGUUCAAGCAGUUUGCAAAAUGCUGCAUGUUAGACCAGGAAACUCGCAACUGUCUCUCAGUUGCAGGUGGCAAAACCUUGGAAAUGGAAGAGAUGAAGGAAGAACAGGCUGAGAUGAUGGUUUUGACUGAGAAGCUUAAUACUGACCUGGAGCUGCUCUGCAAGAUGGUUAAAGAGCAGAAAGAUAAUCUCCAAACUGCAAAGAUGACUUGGAAGCAGCUGGAGGAGGAGCGAGCCCACUUCAGAGAGAAGCAGCAGUGUUUUCAAAGAGAAAUGAAAGAAUUUGCUGACAUUUUGGAUCAAGAAUAUGAAUUUGUAACAGCAGAAAUGGAAACAACUAUUCUUACACCACUCUAACUUUCAAUCUCAGCAUAGGGCUUAAUUGGCUGGAAAUCAAGGACUAACACAGAACAUACAUUUUGGGUUUAAAAAAGUUUCACCAUUGCCUCUCACUAUCCUGGUGUCUAUGUUUCUAUCUUUGUUGUUCGUGUGAGUCUUACUCACAGAAUUUGUUACCUGAGAUUUGUUUACCUUAAUAAAUGUUGCAAAAAUUCUGUAUUCUUAGAUAUUUCAUUUAGUAUGCAAAAAUUGAAGUUUGGGCAGGGGGACUGUUCUAGCAGGAUGGUAAAGCCUUGGGAGGGUUUUGUUAAAGAGGGUUUUAAUGUUGGGCACCGACAAAUUUGUAUUGAACGCUGUAUUUUAAAUGGGUUUCAGGUUUCAGGCUAAUGGAGCCUAUAUUGUCUAUUUUAUAAUUUGUCUUUUGUCUGUGUGCUCCAUCUGUUGUUGCUGUAUUUAUGUUGUGCACCACCCAGAGCCCUUCGGGGCAGGGGUGGUAUAUAAAAUUAAUUAUAAAUAAAAUAAAUAAGUAGCCAA